GCGUCUCCACCACUCGUCACCUCGGGCUUGUUUUACUUGCACUUGCCGCUAGUGUCACUGUCCUCGGAAUAUUGAUAAUUUCGCAUUAGCAUAAUUCGUAGAGACUUAUUGUUGAUUGUGUGAUAGACUUGUGGUGAGCUGUGAGUGCGAUUGUGGUCAGAGCUGUUGGAGACAUGGAUCUCACUCAGCGAGCCCGGCCGGCGGCACUGCAGUACCCGGCGCGGCGCCUGCGCAGCGUGCUGCUGGCCGCGCUGCGACCCGCGCCCCCCGCGACCCCCGCGCUCCCCGCCGAGCCCCCUGCGCCCCCCACGCCGGCGCCCACCGCGCAGCUUCGGAUACGAUAUGUGUCGGCGCGGGGCGACGUCGCCCAGUACUACAACACGCAGAUGUGCCUGGACCUCAGCGGUGAGUGCGAGGACUCCUACGCGCUGCACCGCGCGCUCUCACAGCGGCACGAAGAGGCGGGCGAGCUGCUGAAGUCACCGUCGCCGCCGCCCAGCCACGACGGGUCAGCGAGCGGGGACGCGUCCGGCAGCGGCGACGAGCUGCCCCCCCGCGCGCCGCCCGCGCCCCGCGCCUCGCCCCCGCCCGCCCGCGACAAGAUGCCGCCGCACUCCGCCGCCGCCAGCGCCGCCGUCUUCAGCUCGGCGACGGCGGGCGCGGCGCUGGCGCAGCUGCAGCACCUGCUGCUGGCGGGCGGCGGCGGGCUGCUGCUGCACUCGCAGGUGCAGCGCGCGGUGGCGGCGGCGCACACGCUGCACGCGCUGCGCCGCGCCGCCUCACCGCCGCCGCCGCCGCCGCCCGGCCUGCUCACGCCGCUCACGCCGGGCCCGGGCCGCGCGCACGCCCCGCACCCCGCCCACGCCCCGCUCACGCCGCUGCACGCGCACGCGCACAAGCCGCGCGCGCUGGACCCGCAGCCCGACGACACCGCCGACCUCGAGGAGCUCGAGCACUUCGCCAAGACCUUCAAGCAGCGCCGCAUCAAGCUCGGGUUCACGCAGGGCGACGUGGGGCUCGCCAUGGGCAAGCUCUACGGGAACGACUUCUCGCAGACCACCAUCUCGCGCUUCGAGGCGCUCAACCUGAGCUUCAAGAACAUGUGCAAGCUCAAGCCGCUGCUGCAGAAGUGGCUGGAGGACGCGGACUCGUCGCUGGCGGGCGCGGGCGGCGCGGGGGCGGCGGGGGGCGCGGGGGGCGGCGCGGGGGGCGCGCUGGCCGAGGCCGUGGGGCGCCGCCGCAAGAAGCGCACGAGCAUCGAGUCGGGCGUGCGCGUGGCGCUGGAGAAGGCAUUCCUGCACAACCCCAAGCCCACGUCGGAGGAGAUCGCGGCGCUGGCGGACGCGCUCUGCAUGGAGAAGGAGGUGGUGCGCGUGUGGUUCUGCAACCGCCGCCAGAAGGAGAAGCGCAUCAACCCGCCGGGCGAGCUGGGCCCGCCGCCCCACGGCUCGCCCCACGGCCCCCCCGGCCCCCUCGGCCCCCCCGGCUCCGGCCUGCACGCGCUGCACGCGCUGCAGCCGCUGGCGCUGCUGGCCCGCGCCCCCCCGCGCGACUAGCCGCCCCCCCUCCCCCCACGUGUACAUAGAGCCUAGAGUAAGUCGUCCGACGCUGUCGAGUCUAUUUAUAUUCGAGGGCGCCCCCCCGGUCUGUAUCAUAUUGUAAGUAAGCUCGUCUCGAAUUUAUAUUAAUAGUAGUAAUAAUAAAUGAUAGUUAUAUGUCGCCGCGGCGGCGCUGUACAGAGCUCAUAUCAGUUAGUGCACGGUCUCGUGUAUGUAAGGUGGAUGUGUAGAAAAUAUCUAUAUGUUAAAUAAAUAAAACACGAUAGAGAGUA